AUGGCGGAGGCCGCGGAGGAGGAGGGAGCCGGAGCCUGCGCCAGGUUUGAAGAUAAAUCUGAUGCAGUAUUUGAUAUUACAGAGAAAUGUGGUGAAAUCCUGGAUGCAGAAAUGUCUGAGGACACUGACCACAACUUAACACCUGCCCUCGACAGCAUAUCUUAUGGAAUACAGAAUCAAACAGGAUCUGAAAACUCACUGCUGGAUGAUGAUGACGAUGACGAUGAUGAUUACUUUCUGAACUCGGGGGAUCUUGCAGGCAUACCUGUUGUUGGGAGUGACAAUGAAGACGAUCAAAAUUUCACUCCAAAAGACACUCUUUCUUCCCCAAUUCAUGCUGAAGACCAUUUGGAAGAGGGCAAGAGAGUUACAGAGCAUGAAUUGGACAGUGAAAAAGAAAUUCAUAUUCAAAAUGCAAUCCAAAAGGAUCUUUCUUCUCCAUAUGAAAAGGGUCCCGUAUUUAAAUCACUUCGAAAAGAUUUUAGCAUAACGAGAGAUAAUGGCAAAGAGACUUUUUCCACAAAGGACAAAAAUAGAGAAGGACAUUUUCAAGAACGUGAAAAACGGUUGGAAAAAAUCCCUAAAGAUAUGGAUUCUAGAUUGAAAAGCAGUUUUCUUGACAAAGCAGUUCAUAAUCAAGUAGAAGAAACAUUACGGACGCAGUUAGCGCCACAAACUCCAGAAACUAACUUCAGGGAGUCUAGCUACCUAUUUUCUAGUAAGGACUCUAUUGGACAAGAGCUGGGGAAUUCCUUUGCACCAAAUAUUAGAAUUAAGGAGGAGCCUUUGGAUGACGAAUAUGAUAAAGCUAUGGCCCCACAGCAGGGACUAUUAGACAAAAUUAAAGAUGAACCUGAUAAUUCUGAGGAGUACGGCCAACAGCCAAAAACUCAGGAAGGGGAGCUGAAAAUCAGUGCUGUAUUUUCAGUCAGUGGCAGUCCUCUUGCUCCACAGUUGUCGUCAGGUUUCCAGCCUGCUGCGGCAUCCUCUGGCAUGAGUAAAAUGCUUCCUUCAGUUCCAACCACAGCUGUUCGGGUUUCCUGUUCUGGCUGUAAAAAAAUCCUCCAGAAGGGGCAAACUGCAUACCAGAGGAAAGGCUCUACUCAGCUCUUCUGCUCCACACUGUGCCUCACUGGAUACACUGUUCCAGCUUCUCGCCCACCAGCUUCUACCAAGAAAACCUGCUCAAGCUGCUCAAAAGACAUUCUAAAUCCAAAGGAUGUAAUCACUGCCCAGUUUGACAGUACAAAUUCCAGUAAAGAUUUCUGCAGCCAGUCCUGUCUUUCCACAUACGAACUGAAGAGGAAGCCUGUGGUUACUAUUCACACUAACAGCAUUUCAACCAAGUGCAGCAUGUGCCAGAAAAAUGCAGUGAUUAGACAUGAAGUGAAUUACCAGAAUGUUGUCCACAAGCUCUGCAGUGAUGCCUGCUUCUCCAAGUUCCGCUCAGCUAAUAAUUUGACCAUGAACUGCUGUGAGAACUGUGGGGGCUACUGUUACAGUGGAUCCGGCCAGUGUCACAUGCUUCAAAUAGAGGGACAGUCAAAGAAGUUCUGCAGUUCAACGUGUGUUACAGCAUACAAGCAGAAGUCAGCUAAAAUUACACCUUGUGCACUGUGUAAAUCUUUGAGAUCUUCAGCUGAGAUGAUCGAGAGCACAAAUAACUUGGGAAAAACUGAACUGUUUUGCUCUGUUAACUGCUUGUCAGCAUAUAGAGUUAAAAUGGUUGCCUCUGCAGGUGUUCAAGUUCAGUGCAACAGCUGUAAAAAUUCCUCAAUCCCUCAGUAUCACUUGGCUAUGUCAGAUGGCAGCAUACGUAAUUUUUGCAGCUACAGUUGUGUAGUAGCUUUUCAGAAUUUGUUCAACAAGCCUGCAGGAGUGAACUCCUCUGUGGUGCCCCUGUCGCAAGGUCAAGUCAUUGUAAGCAUUCCCUCGGGGGCAACGGUAUCGGCCGGUGGCACUACCUCGACUGUGUCCCCCAGCUCCAUGAGCAGUUCAGCUGCAGCUGGUCUACAGAGGCUGGCUGCCCAGUCCCAGCAAGUCACCUUUGCCCGCACUGUUGUAAAACUCAGGUGUCAGCACUGUAACAGAUUGUUUGCAACCAAACCAGAACUGCUUGACUACAAGGGUAAAAUGUUUCAGUUUUGUGGGAAGACCUGCUGUGAUGAAUACAAGAAGAGAAGCAGCGUAAUGGCAAUGUGUGAAUACUGCAAAAUUGAGAAAAUUAUCAAGGAGACAGUGCGAUUCUCCGGCAUAGAUAGGGCAUUCUGUAGUGAAGGUUGUAAACUGCUUUAUAAACAUGACUUGGCUAAACGUUGGGGGAACCACUGUAAAAUGUGCAGUUACUGUUUACAGGCUUCUCCCAAACUGGUCCAGAAUCACUUUGGGGGAAAGAUGGAGGAAUUCUGCUCAGAGGAUUGCAUGUCUAAAUUUACAGUUUUGUUUUACCAGAUGGCAAAGUGUGAUGGUUGUAAGAGACAAGGUAAACUCAGUGAGUCCAUGAAAUGGCAAGGGGAGAUCAAGCAUUUUUGCAAUCUGCUUUGUAUUCUGAUGUUCUGUAAUCAGCAAAGCGUUUCUGACUGUCCACCCCAAAACAAUACAGCAAACCUUUCAAUGGCACCAUCUUCCUCAUCGGGCCCUCCUUCUUUGAGAAAAGAUUCAACUCCUGUCAUAGCAAAUGUGGUGUCCCUCGCAAGCACGCCUGCUGCCCAGCCUACAGUGAACUCCAACAAUGUUUUACAGGGUGCAGUCCCUACUGUGACAGCAAAAAUAAUAGGAGAUGCGAGCACUCAGACAGAUGCCCUGAAGCUACCACCAUCACAACCACCCAGACUUUUAAAAAACAAGGCACUAUUGUGCAAGCCAAUCACACAGACUAAGGCCACCUCGUGCAAACCUCAUACACAAAACAAAGAAUGCCAGACGGAAGAAGAAAAAGAAGUUCAACCUCAGAUCAUUGUGGUACCUGUUCCUGUGCCAGUGUUCGUGCCAGUACCUCUUCACCUCUAUACACAGUAUACACCAGUUCCACUUGGAAUGCCAGUACCCGUACCAGUUCCCAUGCUUUUCCCAACUACCCUGGAUAAUGCUGAUAAGAUCAUCGAAACUAUUCAGGAUAUCAAGGAAAAGAUUCCCACAAAUCCAUUUGAAGCUGAUCUCCUUCAGAUGGCAGAAAUGAUUGCAGAAGAUGAGGAGAAAGAAAAAACACACUCUCAUGGCGGAUCUCAAACAUCUGAACAUGAGCUCUUCUUGGAUCCCAAGAUAUUCGAGAAAGACCAAGGUAGCACUUACAGUGGAGAUCUAGAAUCAGAAGCAGUGUCCACUCCACACAGCUGGGAGGAUGAGUUAAAUCACUAUGCCUUACGAUCAAAUACCAUACCAGAUCCAGAUCCAGAACUGAAGCAGUUCCCCAAAGGGGACAUAGAACAGGACCUGGAGGCAGAUUUUCCAUCAGACUCAUUUGACCCUCUCAGUAAAGGACCGGGUCUGCAUUCACGCUCACGAACAAGACGGAGACAUAGAGAUGGCUUCCCACAGCCGAAAAGACGGGGACGGAAGAAGUCUGUGGUUCCUGUAGAGCCCCGAAAUCUCAUGCAGGGAUCCUAUCCAGGGUGCUCUGUUUCUGGGAUGACCCUAAAGUACAUGUAUGGGGUAAAUGCCUGGAAGAAUUGGGUCCAAUGGAAAAACGCACAGGAGGACCAAGGGGACCUAAAGUUUUCAGUUCGUCCUGUGAAACUCAAGGAGGACGUUCUCUCAUGCACUUUUGCUGAGCUGAGUUUUGGCUUGUGCCAGUUUAUUCAAGAGGUGCGGAGACCAAAUGGAGAAAAAUAUGAUCCUGACAGCAUCUUAUACUUGUGCCUUGGAAUUCAGCAGUACCUGUUUGAGAAUGGUAGAAUAGAUAACAUUUUUACCGAGCCCUAUUCCAGGUUUAUGAUUGAGCUUACAAAACUCUUGAAAAUCUGGGAACCUACAAUUCUUCCAAAUGGUUACAUGUUCUCAAGGAUUGAAGAGGAACACUUGUGGGAAUGUAAACAGCUGGGUGCAUAUUCUCCUAUAGUCUUACUGAACACACUGCUAUUCUUCAACACCAAAUACUUCCAACUAAAGAAUGUCAGUGAGCACCUGAAAUUAUCCUUUGCCCAUGUCAUGAGACGCACCCGGACUCUGAAGUAUAAUACUAAGAUGACAUAUUUACGUUUUUUCCCACACUUUCAAAAACAAGAGGUAGAAUCAGAUAAAUUAUCCAUAGGGAAAAGGAAACGUGGUGAAGAUGAGGAGAUGGCAACAGCAGUGGAAAUGUCUGAAAAUACAGAAAAUCCCCUGCGAUGUCCAGUCCGACUUUAUGAGUUUUACUUGUCGAAAUGUUCUGAAAGCGUGAAGCAGAGAAGUGAUGUGUUUUACCUUCAGCCUGAGCGCUCCUGCGUACCCAACAGCCCCAUGUGGUAUUCCACAUUGCCAAUAGACCCAGGAACCUUGGACAUCAUGUUAACACGUAUUCUUAUGGUGAGGGAGAUACACGAAGAACUUGCCAAAGUCAAAUCAGAGGACUCUGAUAUUGAGUUAUCAGACUAACUGAAGUGGGAUAUUUUCCUUUGAAUACACAUUGGAAGCAUCAAACUGUGAAUACGUCCAGCCUUUGGAAAAUGUGUAUCAAAUAAGCCACGAUAAUGUCAUCUAAAGGCAUUUUUUGAAUCGCAGUGGAUGUACAAACUGGAAUUGGAAGGAAUCCAGCUAUGUAAGCUGCAAGAAACAACGUCCUACAGCAGCGAUAAAUCCUCUGAACGAACUCGAGAUGAACUAACCUAUUUGAGUGGUGCAUAAAUCCUUUAUCUGUUUGGGAUUUAAAAAAAAAAAUUGUGAAAUAUUUUUAAGGAAAGCGAUUGCAUAAAAACUACCCUAAUAGUGAUGAGCAUGGAGAGCUAGACUGUGGCUCACGUGAUUUCUCAGCCUGAUGUCUGGCAGUCAUUGCUGCCAAAGAACACGUGGAGAUCCUGGAGCUCUACACAAGGACAGGAGAGAAAGCGGUGAUAUUUAGACAAACAGACACCUUCCGUUAUAAAUACACACACACACACACACACACACGCUUUUAUAACUUUUUUUAAAAAUUGGGAUCAAAUGCAAAGCGGACUACAGCCUGGCUGCUGUUGAGCAGUCCCACGAUGCCAGAAUCUAGCUCUCGGUCCAUGCAAAUACCACCUCGAGCUCGGGUUGAUCUGUGAUGUGGAGGAGGCGCCGUAGGUCGAGCUUCAGAGCGGUCACGUUAUGGGACAAACGGUUCUGGGGUAUGUACAGGAGAGCCACUGUCCUGGGGUAUGUACAAGAGCCCUUAACUAGCCCAGUAGCUCUGCAGUCUGUUGAUAUAAUCUAGCAAAUACUGUGGUGCGCAGAAGUUUUUUUUUCCUCCCUAAAGGCAGCUUUCCGUUCUCCUCUUUCCCCUCCUCGGGUGUUUUGGGUUAUUUUAUAAGGCGAAUCUGGAGGGCCUGGUCAUUUCAAGGGAAAGAUGCCCACACUCUUUCUCUUCCCGCCUUUGCAACACCUGCAGUGUUGGACAAAGGAUGCAGUAUUACUUCUGACAAAGACCUGUGGUAGGAAGUUACCAUGUGUGUUUUUUCCCCACCCCACCCAAAGAGAUUUAGUCCUAGUGUUGGAAAUUGAGAGAGAUUUUUUUAAGGCUUGGCUGUUACUGCGUCUUUUAGAAGAGAAAAGCUCCCAUGUUGUGUUUAGAGGACAGGACAUUAUCAGAUCCAGUCUGUAGCUCUGUUUUCUCAAGCUAUAGAUACGUGUUUCUGAUGACCAGAAGGUACAGAUUCAUUGGAAACCCAGACUAUUUUUAAAGAAGAGAACUGUAUGGCUUUUAUCUAGUUUUGGUCACUUAUCCAGCUUCUGUAACAGGGGUCUGAUAUUUGAUCCUGUCACUAAAAUUUCAGGAGAUGAAAAUCAACAGCCUUGAAUGAUAUUUCCUCUUUUUUUUUUCUUUUUUUUUUUUUGUUUGUUUGGGUUUCUUUUGUUUUGUUUUUGUUUUUUAAUUAUUUUUUUAGCAGUAACAAAAGUAAUUUAACAAAAAUAAAAUCAGAAAGUAGUCUAUUGACGUUGUGUACUCGGUAGUCCUGUCCCUGCCUGUAAAAGAUUUCACUGAUGUAUUUUUUAAUACAGAAAAACUAUGUGAAAAGUAAACCUGCCCCAAUUCUGUCUGAUC